GGGAAGACAUGCCGACCGCCAAGCAGUUAGCUGACAUUGGCUACAAGACCUUCUCCGCCUCCAUGAUGCUCCUUACCGUGUACGGAGGUUACCUCUGCAGCGUGCGCGCCUACCGUUAUUUCCAGCUGCGCAGCGCCAGGCGCCAGGCAGCAGAAGAACAGAAGACAUCUGGAGUCCUGUAGAGCUCAGCUUUUGCUUCUGAGCGGCCAGGCUUGAGACGUGAAAUGGAAAGAACGUCAUCCAUGGCAAGAACUAAGCCGCGGUGGCUCUCACACCUGCUGGGCUAAAGCGCCGUGGUUUCUGUGGUCCUACCGGCUUGUGCCAUUUUGACAGUGUGUGGAGGCUGUCAGAUGAAUGGGAAUGUGAGGAUGAGGUUUAUUACAGAGAUUAGAUAAAUAUUCUGCCAUGUU